GGAUGAGAUACGGCGCAUCCCAUAUUGACCCCGGUCCGCAGGAGCGCAUCCCAUCUCGACUCCAGUCAGCAGGAUGGGAUACGGCGCAUCCCAUCUUAAGUACCCAACAUCGGUUCCUUUCCCUCUGUCUUGCCAUUUUUUAAAAGCAGUCAAAGCUCACAAUGAGCUCCGUGCAGAAGAUCAUAGAUGCAGCGUUGACAUUAUCAACUAUAACGUCAGUGAAUAAAGAAGGCUUACUUGCUCAUCGCAAAGAACUUGAAUCGGCAUUAAACAGCCUUCAGAUUCUCUUGCAACCUACAGCCCAUGAUACCCAGGACAAUGAGCCGACCGAGCUCGCAGGCCAGUCAUGUCAGCCAGCGAGCUCCAUUUGCUCAAACCAACAGGCCAACACUCGGCCAACGACCACACAGCCAGAGAGUCCACAGACAACAGCAAGCCCACGAAAGAGCCCACAAACGACGCAGCCAACAGUGAUUCCACAGCCAAGGAGUCCACAGCCAACGAGUCCACAGCCAACGAGUCCACAGCAAACAGCAAGCCCACAGCCAAUGAGCCCACGGCCAACCGUGAGUGAUCAAGCAAAUAUUGAACAGCUCAUGGCACAAUUGGAUCGUGAAGAAAGAACAAUCCUUGAAGUCUUUAGAACGACCUCCAAAUUUGCUGUGCAUCACUUGAGUUGGGAGACGGAAGACCCAUUACUCAAUGAUGCUAAAAUCAACAAGAGUUGUGCCCAUGAGACCUUACGAAACGUCCUUGGUUCGCUUAUAUUGGCAGACCAAUAUACCAAAUGGGAAAUUCAGAACGGCAAAAAACCAAGAGUUGACGUACUUCUGGCGGAUCUCGGCUCGGGCAACAGAAACUCCAGGUACAAAGACUACAUCAACACAAAACCUUCAAUGCAGAACAAGGACAGAGGAAGGCGCUUCCUUGAAUAUGGAGUUAAAUACCGUGUUUUUGGCCACUUGUUCGCUGCACAUGCUGGGAAUGGUUCCAUUUUCCCGCACCAUGCACUCCUCCAAAUGGAGACAGAUCGCGGAACAAUAUGAGCAAUGGGUGCACGAAGCCUUGAACGGAAACCAGG